AUGGGACCUCCAAACGAGAGAGUGGUGACUAAAUUCAUCCUGAUCGGGUUAUCUGAAGACCCCAGAGCACGGGCCAUGUUCUUUGGGGUCCUCUUGGUCGCUUAUCUCAUAAGCUUUCUUGGAAAUGGACUCAUCAUCAUUUUGAGUAUAGCUGAUCCCCGGCUCCAUACGCCCAUGUAUUUCUUUAUUUGCAUCCUCUCCUCAAUCGACUUCAUCCUUUCCAACAAUAUACUUCCCGAGGUCCUGGUCAACUGCUUCCUUUCCAGGCCUGCAGUCUCCUUCUACAAAUGUCUGACCCAGAUGUACUUUGGUCUGUUUCUUGUCUCAACAGAAUGUGUCCUGCUAGCCAUCAUGGCAUAUGACCGCUUUGCAGCUAUAUGCCAGCCCCUUCACUACACGCAGAUCAUGAGCUGGAAAUUUUGCAUCACUUUGGUAGCUAUGUCCAUGUCUUUCUCCUUUAUAGUAACCCUUAUCAGCAUGCUACUGCAGCCAACUGACUUCUGUGGACGAAAUAUCAUUAACCAUUUUGCAUGUGAACUACAGUCGUUCCUCAAACUGGCCUGUUCUGACACACGUGCUAGCGAGUUCUUCAUGCACAUUUCCAGCCUUUUCCUCUUAAUCCCACCCUUUGGCUUCAUUGUUGUAACAUAUGGUCGUAUAGGCAGGGCUAUAAUGCUCAUCCGAUCCAAAGAAGGUCGGAAGAAAGCCUUCUCCACCUGCAGCUCUCACAUUGCGGUGGUCAGUGUCUUUUAUGGAACAAUCAUGAUCAUGUAUGUGAAGCCCCAAAAAACUUCUUUGGAUCAAGAUAAGAUGAUAUCUCUGACGUAUGGAGUCUUAACGCCCAUGCUGAACCCCGUGAUCUACAGCUUGAAAAACAGGGAUGUAAAAGGAGCUUUCAGGAGAGUGUUUGGAAGGAAAAGGUCAGAAUAA